CAUGUGAUCAAAAAGUGGUGGAGACGCCACAUAAUAGCCAGCGAUAUCUCUGUAAAUCCAAUCUGAUUCUGAGUUGACUUUCAUUUGAUUCGUUGUGUUUAUUUUGGUGGUACUACUACUACUAGCCUACACAUUGCUUACAGGAGGUGAUAUUGUCGUCGUCUGUGUGUGGUUCUAAGAACAGUGGACGCAGGACCAAACUUCCCAAAAAUCAUGAAAGUGAAAGUUUUCGUUUUCGCAAUAUUAUUUGCAGCAGCUGCUGCUGUGAAAUUUGAUUCCUCCAGGUGUGCACAUGGUCCUGAGUACUGGUGCCAACACCGAAACACAGCAGAAGAAUGCGGUGCUGUACGAUAUUGUCAGGAUAAUGUUUGGCCUAAACCUGGUGUAACUGCUGAUAUGUGUACUGACUGCAAGAACUUUUUCGGUGAUGUUCAGAAUCUCUUACAAAAUACAACCGUACAGCAAAUGAUAGUCAGUGAUAUUAAAAUGAUUUGUGCUGACCUGGGGCCAUAUGCAGACCAGUGCAACACUCUUGUAGACCAAUACGGAACUCUAGUGUUGGGUCUUCUUGCCUCUCAGUUGGACCCAACUAGCGUUUGCGGCACGGUCGGAUUCUGUAGUUCCAAGUACUUCAAAUCUAGCAGUAACAUGUGUAGCGAUUGUGAUGCAUUCUUCGGUGAUGUACAGGGCCUCCUUAAAAAUACCACUGUUCAGGAAGAGAUAGAGAACAUGCUUGUGUCAGUCUGCCAACAACUAGGCAUUGAACUUUCUGAAUGCAGUUUAAUAACGGUAGUGGGACCUGAGGUCUUCGAUUUCCUGGCAUCUGAACUGGAUCCCAAGACUGUCUGCACCGCCAUCAAGUUCUGCCAGAGUUCCCUUUUGCAGCGUUACAACAGCGUGAAAAUGAAUGCAAAUGAUCAGUGUGCAGAUUGCAAAGCCUUCUUUGGGGAUGUUGAAGCAAUCCUGAAAAACCAGACAUUACAAAAUGAGAUUGUACAAGAUGUGCUAGCAGUUUGCAACUACCUCGGUCAGUACCAAGAGGAAUGCAAGAUAGCCAUUCAGGGUUUCCUACCGAGUGUCCUAACACAGCUGGCUGGCUACAUGGAUCCCAAUACAGCGUGCCCAGCCAUUGGCUUCUGCCCAAGCAGUAAACAAGUUGAAGAGCUGAAGACUAAUGAAGUGGCUCUGGUUGAUGCUGACAUGUGCACUGAUUGUAAGAAUUUCUUUACUGAUGUUAAGACCGUGCUUAUGAAUUCUACUAAUCAGGACAUCAUUAUAAAGGCAUUGAAGAGUGUAUGCGCAGAUCUAGGAUCAUUUGCCGACCAAUGCUCCUCUUACGUUGACCAAUAUGGCAGUCUUGUCAUCAAUUUAGUUGUUUCAGCACUGGAUGCAGACACCAUAUGCAAUGAUAUUGGCUUUUGUUCUGCUUCUGGGAAACUGAAAUUGACUGGAGAUAUGUGUGCUGAUUGUGAGGCUUUCUUCGGUGAUGUUCAGACACUUUUAGAAAACACAACUGUUCAGGCUAUGAUAACGAAUGAAUUAAAGAGUCUUUGCAGUCUUCUUGGAAGUGAAGCCGAUGAUUGUAAAAAUUUGAUUGACAGUUAUGCAUCGCUUGUGUUUGGUUUAAUUGCUUCUGAGCUUGACCCAAAGACAGCUUGUACCGCCAUACAGUUUUGCAGUGGAGGCAUAACAAAUACAAUCAGAGUGCCUGGAAGUGACAUGUGCUCAGAUUGCAAAGCAGCACUCACUGAAAUUGAUUCCUACCUCAACGAUCCAACUAUGCAGAAAGAAUUACUAACAGCUCUAGAGAUGUUUUGUACUUCCUUGGGCGAUUUCGAAGACGAAUGCAAAAUGUUGGUGCAGUCUAUGGGCCCAGAAGUUAUUGCUAAGUUAGCAGAAUUGCUGGAACCCGAUACCUUCUGUUCAGCAUUUGGUUUCUGCUCGUCUCAAAGGAAAAUGGUAAAUAUGAUGACACUGACUUUGGCAAAACCAAUUUCGAAAUUCAAGGAUAAUUUUGUUGCCAAGGCAAAUGUUGUCCCUGCAAUAGAAAUGAGUCAAGCACAGCCAGCACCCCGGAAAUUGGAAGAGUCCACGAUUUGCACAGUGUGUGAAUUAGUUGUCAACGAGCUUGACCGAUUCCUUUCGGAUAAUGCUACCGAGGAUGAAAUUAUAUCAGCAGUUGAAAAGGUAUGCGAUCAACUGCCAUCAGCCUUCAAGACUGAAUGCAAUGCACUUGUGAGCCAGUAUGGGGCCGCUCUCAUUGAGCUGUUGGUACAGAAGAUCAAACCCGACGAAAUCUGUAUGAAGCUCAAUCUUUGCACUGGCAAAGAAAAUAAGUUGUCUGCCUCCACUGAGUGUACUCUUUGUGAGUUUGUAAUGACGGAAAUAAAAUCGCUUAUCUCUGACAACUCAACAGACCAAGAAAUUCUGAAUGCCCUGGAAAAGGUUUGUUCACUUCUGCCCGCCACCAUACAAGAUGACUGCAAUGACUUUGUUGACAAGUACGCCCCAGAUAUAUUAUCACUUUUGAAGUACCUUCAACCUGACCAGGUGUGUACUGCACUAGGCCUGUGCACAGGAAAAGCUGUACCUGUAGUGGAGAAGAAGGUUGACGAAUCUAUUGAGUGUGUCCUCUGCGAAUUUGUGAUGAAAGAACUUGAAUCACUGCUGACGAAAAAUUCCACUGAGCAAGAGAUCUUGGAUGCCCUGGAUAAAGUGUGCUCUCUACUUCCAACCAGCAUUCAAGAUGAUUGCAAUAACUUCAUCGCGACCUAUGGACCUUUGAUCUUUGAGCUCUUGAAGUCAAUGCCCCCAGACGCCAUUUGCGCUGCCCUUCAAUUGUGUGGAGCAAACGAUCAAAUGAAGUUGUCAACAUCUGGUGGAUGUUUAAUCUGCGAAUUUAUCUUGAAAGAACUUGAUAACUACCUGAAGAAGAAUUCCACAGAGGAAGAGAUCAUCAAAGCACUUGAACAAGUAUGCAACAUGCUUCCAAGUACAAUCUCUGCCGAUUGCGUCGUUUUUGUUCACAAGUAUGGUGAUGCAAUCAUUGAGCUGCUUUUAUUGGAGCUGGACCCAUCCGCUAUCUGUACAGCCUUAACACUUUGUACAGAUACCAUCAAACAUAUUACAGUAAGCAGCGAGGAGACCUGUGACUUAUGUAAAGUGGUUGUGAUGUAUGCUGACAAGGAAUUAGAAGACAAAGCCACCAUCCAGCAAGUGAUCAACGUAUUGAGCAAAGUGUGUGGUGCCUUUAAUGGUGAUUACAAAACCAAGUGCGAGAGCCUUGUACUAAAGUAUGGUGCGGUUAUUCCUGAGGUGUUGGCCCAGUUAGUUAAUCCUACUAAAGUCUGUCAGAAAUUGAAGCUUUGUCAAUCUAGCAAUAAGAUGCUGGGAGAGAAUGAAUGUACUUUCGGUCCUGCCUACUGGUGCGACAGCAUGGAGAAUGCACAGAAAUGCAAUGCUGUUGUCCACUGUAAGAACCACGUGUGGAACUAAGUGAAGAAGCAGAAUACAAGAGUGAUCUGAGCAAAGCGAUACUCAUUACAGUUUUCACUAAAAAAUAUUUUACCUAAAUGUCUGCCUUAAACCAGGCACACUUGAAUUUUGCAGAUUAUUUUUCAUACGAUCAUGCAAUUGCCUUUCUUAGUAUUUUUUUUUUCAUUUAGUAUUGGACAAUUGUUUAGGGUGCACCUGUUAUCAGAUGGCCUUAGGCUUACAAUUAUUCCAAAUGGGUAAAUUUUUGCAACUAACAUCUUUAGAUACAAAUUUAUACUUAAAAUGUCACUGAAAUAGAUAGAACAUUAGAAAAUAACAAUAGAAUAAAAUAAAUUAAGUAUGCUACAUGCAAUGCAAUUUUUAAGUAUUAGAAUAUAAUUGAUUUGUCUUUACAUGAAACAUGUUUUAGGACGAAAAUAUUUGUAAUGUUUUGUUAACAGCGCCCUCUAUUUGAAUCAUGCAAUCCUGGCGGUAUGGAUUCGUUUAACUGAAAGAUUAUAUGUAUAAAUUUGUUUAUUGUUCCAUGGUUGUAUGUAAAUUGUUUUACCUACUCAUUUGCACAUCAUGAAGGAUAGUUUGACAAGUCAUAAAGUGGAUAAAUGAGAAGGUUCAAAACCAAAAUUAACAAUAAUCCAGGAAUAAUUAGAAGAUUGUACUGUAAAAUAAGACCCCAUGAAAAUAAAAUUAAUGUGUCAAUUAUCAA